AUGGCAGAAGCUGUCAUUGUUAGCAUUGUGGGGGAGAUCGUUGCUAGUCUAGCUCCUCAAGCAAUAGAAAAUAUUGGAAAGUUAUGGGGCAACAAGCAAGAACUCGAGGCACUUAGGGACACAGUCUCCACGCUUCAAGCUGUACUGGAUGAUGCAGAGGAGCAAUACUACCGGAGUCGCGAAAUCAAAGAUUGGGUUGAUAGACUGAAAGGCGCUUUUUAUGACGCACUAGACGUGCUUGAGGAAUACAAUGUAGAAGCUACGCGACAAGAACUGAGAGGCCACAAUAAAAUAUUCAAGGAGGUAAGGAAAUUUUUCUCUGGUUCAAACCAGGUUGCUUUUAUAUUGAAGAUGAGUCACAAAGUAAGAGCAGUGAAGAAAAGAAUAGAAGUCAUUGAGGCUAAUAGGAAAUUCGGCUUGAAUAUGCUCCCCGAGAGAGAGUGGAGGAAGAGAGAAGAGACACAUUCCUUUGCAUGUGAGGGGGAUAUUAUAGGGAGAGAUGAUGAUAAGGAGACUGUUAAGAAAUUUUUAUUGGAUUUAGACGUGAAAGGGAAUGUUUCCAUCCUUCCAAUAGUUGGUAUUGGUGGGCUUGGAAAAACAACUCUUGCUCAACAUGUAUAUAAUGAUAAGAUGGUCAGUGAACAUUUUGAAUUGAAAAUGUGGGUAUGUGUCUCUAAUGACUUUGACAUGAAAAAAAUAGUGAAAAAUAUCUUAGCUGGUGUGAUGAAGGAGGAAUUGAAUUAUGUGAUGGAACAAUUACAAAAUGAACUGAGGAGAGUAAUUGAUGGAAGGAGAUAUCUUUUAGUUUUAGAUGAUUAUUGGGAUGCAAAACUAGAAACAUGGCUCAAAUUGAAAUCAUUAUUGGUGGGAGGUGCUAGAGGAAGCAAGAUCCUUAUAACUACACGUCUUCAUUCGGUUGCGGAUAUCACCUACACUACUUUGCCUUAUCUUCUUGGGGGAUUAUCUAAAAUAAAGUCCGUCGAUUUGUUAAUGCAAAUGGCUUUUCCAAAAGGAGAGGAGACACAAGAUCCUGACUUGCGACCUAUUGGCGAAGAGAUAGCUAGAAGGCUGAACUGCUUCAUUUUGCCCAAAGACAAAGCUUGUGCUAAGAAUUAUGGCAAACUUGGGGAGCUAUAUGGCCUUAAUAACAUUCGGGGAAGCCUUUGCAUUGAAAAUUUGGGACACGUAACAGAUGCAGUAGAAGAAUACAAAGCUGCAAACUUGACAGGGAAGCAGUCUCUGGAAUCUUUGGAACUUAAAUGGGGUGGUUUCAAUACUGAUGACGCAGUAAUUUGGACUGGAACUAGAAAUGAAGCUCUAUUGGAUGCACUGCAGCCACCCUCAAAUCUGCAGGAGUUGACAAUCACUGGAUAUGAAGGUGAGAGCUUUCCAAGGUGGAUGAUGGAUAGCCUCGUGUCUUCCUUGCCAAAUUUAGUUGAGGUAGAGUUUAAAGACUGUGGAAGAUGUAAACGUCUCUCUCCACUAGGCCAAUUACCUCACCUCAAGAUUUUACGGAUUUCGAGGCUGGAUGAACUGGAAUACAUCGAGUCUGGCCAUUCAUCCACUUCAACAGCAUCGUUUCCUAGUCUAUUGAAAUUACAUAUUUUUUAUUGUAAGAAGUUGAAAGCCAUGCCAUUGACUUCUCAUCUUGGGGAUAAUAUAUCUGGCCAACGUGUGCGACACCUACCCAACCUCGUGGAUCUCUUUGUCUGGCUAUGUGAUGAGCUGGAUUUAUGCAAAGACGAAAGCGGCAACAUCUUGGAUUUCCAGGGACUUCAAUGUCUCCGCUAUGUAAAUAUUAAGGGCCUUCCCAAACUAGCAUAUCUCCCACAGUGGCUUGUCCAGGCCAGCAAUCUCGAGCUUCUCAAAAUUGACGGCUGUAAUUUGAAGGCAUUACCAGAGCAAAUCGAGGCCUUUCAAUCACUUCAACGGCUUAAAAUUGUCUCGUGCCGCUCGUUGAUAUCAUUACCUAAAGGAAUGCAAAGGCUUGCAUCCCUUACCGACCUAGUUUUCGACAACUGCGAUGAGCUGGAUAUAUCCAAAGACGAAAGAAGCAACAUCUUGGAUUUCCAUGGAGGCCUUCACAGUCUCCGCCAUGUAAAAAUGAAUGACCUUCCCAAACUAGCAUAUCUCCCACAGUGGCUUGUCCAGGCUAGUAAUCUCGAGCUUCUCGAAAUUCGCGACUGUGAUUUGAAGGCAUUACCAGAGCAAAUUGAGGCCUUUCGAUCACUUCAACGACUUGAAAUCAUUCGGUGCCGCUCGUUGACAUCAUUACCUACAGAAAUGCGAAGGCUUGCAUCCCUUACUGACCUAGUUUUCAUCGACUGUGAGGAGCUGAAUAUAUCCAAAGAUGAAAGCGGCAACAUCUUGGAUUUCCAUGGAGGCCUUCAGACUCUCCGGUCUCUACAAAUCAUUCGUCUUCCCAAACUAGAAUCUCUCCCACACUGGAUUCUACAGCUCCGCAGUCUCGAGUCUCUCCACAUUGAGGAAUGUGAGGAGCUGGAUAUAUCCAAAGACGAAAGCGGCAACAUCUUGGAUUUCCAUGGAGGCCUUCAGACUCUCCACUCCGUAUUCAUCUAUAAGCUUCCCAAACUGACAUCUCUCCCACAGUGGGUUCUACAGGCCAGCAAUCUCAAGGGUCUUAAUAUUAUUGGUUGUGACAAUUUGAAGGAUAUACCAGAGCAGAUUGAGGCCCUUCAAUCACUUCAAACUCUUAGAAUCCACACGUGCUCCUCGUUGACAUCAUUCCCUGAAGCAAUGCGAAGGCUCACAUCCCUUACUGCCCUAUACAUCAUGUAUUGUGGAGAAUUGGGGGACAGUUGCAAAAGACAAGCAGGCGAGGAUUGGGAGAAGAUUGCUCAUAUCCCGAACAAAAUCAUUAUGUAA